AUGGAAAGACGGAGGGGGCGGGGUCUGUGCGUCAGCGAAAACCCCGACGGCGGCGGCGGCGGGGAGCGCCUUGACGUCACGUGCCCGACGCCGCGCCUCUGCCUUCAGUCACCCGGCCGGGGAGGCGGGGCCGAGCCUGACUGCGCUGCUGUUGCGCGGAGCCUCGUUACUGGCCGGGCUGCCGGCCCGAGGGUGGAGCUGGAAAGAAAUAGUCCUGUGGAGGAUGCGUUUCUAUUUUUAGCCCGAUUGUCAGCCCUCAGCCUUUCUCCUUCCGAUUUUCUCAGUCGAGCCUGCUAUUCGCCCUUUGAGUUCUCACGCUUUGUCUAG